UUAAGGGGUGGAGAUUUCUACCCAUCUGUUCAGGGGAGGUCUGAGACUAGACUUUUUAGUUUUAGUGAGUGCCGCAGUGGGAAUUGACAACUAUGGCUAGAUCAAAGGCUAGGUUAUACACAUGUUUAUCAUUAACUGUAUUAUGCGUUAUUAUUAUAAUAGUUUGUAUAGCUGUGUCUGUGAACCGCGGAUGUCCCGAGGAGGUGUAUAAACACGCAGCCGUAGCUGCAGACUCAGAAACAUGCUCAAAAGUUGGACGAAACAUCCUGCAGAAAGGAGGAUCUGCAGUAGAUGGAGCCAUUGCGACGUUAUUAUGCACUUCUGUCAUCCACCCACAGAGCAUGGGCAUCGGCGGGGGAUCUAUAUUCACAGUGAUGGAUAGCAACGGUGUUGUCAAGAUCAUUAAUGCUCGAGAGCGUGUCCCCAAGAAGUUGACAACGGACUUACUGAGCAAAUGUCCUCAAACAGGCAGCCUUUGGAUUGGUGUGCCUGGUGAGAUUCGUGGGUAUGAACAAGCCCACCGACUAUAUGGGAAACUGCCCUGGGCCAGUCUCUUUCAACCCACUAUCCAACUAGCUAGAGAGGGAUUUCCUUUACCCCCAAUCCUGGGACGUUUUGUCCAUUUAGCUGACAAGAACGAGACACCAGCAUUACGCCAGCUGUUUUCAGACAAGGAUGGGAACAUGCUAAAGGUUAACGAUACUCUGAAGUUUGAAAAACUAGCUGAUACUUUGGAGGUCAUUGCCAACCAAGGGGCAGAUGCUUUCUAUACAGGAAAAAUCGCUGAAAAUUUAGUCCGAGACAUUAGAGAAUCAGGCGGGUCACUGACGAUGGAAGACCUGCAGUCGUUUAAAGUCACAGUGACCGAUGCAUGGACUGUUCCCCUGGGAGAGUAUAAGAUGCAUCUACCGCCACCCCCAGCAGGAGGCGCUAUCCUCAGCCUCCUGCUCAAUAUUAUGAAAGGAUACAAUCUGGACGCCGCCGCAGUGAUGGGUGAGCAGAAGAUCCUCACGUACCAUCGCUACAUCGAAGCAUGCAAGUUUGCCAAUGGACUCAGGAAAUACAUACGCGAUCCUCAGUUCAAUCCAGAGGGGAAAGCAUUCAACUUCACAAAACAGAACUUUGCUGACCACAUCAGGAGUAAGAUCAGCAGUGACAGGAGUUAUGAUGACCCGUAUUAUGAUGUCACUCCAUAUGUGGAGAGCAUGGGGACCACACAUGUGUCUGUUCUGGCUGAGGAUGGGAGUGCAGUAUCUGUAACCAGCACCAUCAAUCACAUAUUUGGAUCAAAUGUCGUCUCUCCGAGCACUGGUGUCAUCCUCAACAACGAGUUGUCGGAUUUCUGUGGGAAGGCCGAACACGUCGUUGCUGGAGAGCAGCCCCCUUCUUCCAUGUCCCCUGUCGUGCUACAUUCCAAGUCUAAGACUCUGGUGAUUGGUGGUUCAGGUGGAAGCAUGAUCACCACUGGGAUGGCUUCGACACUUAUGUACCAUCUGUGGUUUGGAAAAAGCCUACAUGAGGCUAUUUCAACCCCUAUUGUCUUCGUGGACUCGAAAAACGCGGUGAAAUUUGAACCAGACUUUGACAAGUCAGUCAGCGAAGCUCUGAAGGCUCUGGGACACACAGUGAAGUCGCAGAAUUAUUUCUUCAACGUGGUCAAUGCCGUGAAGAAGGAGGAUGGGUGCAUUCAUGCUGUGUCCGAUUCAAGGAAGUUAGGCAAACCAGCUGGGUACUAAAUGUACUGCCAAACGAGGGCUUGACCAACCGCCGAAACCAGCCAGCCGACCGGAGCUAUUGCAUGGCUGUCAUACCACAGACAGAAUAUGAGACUUCCUUGUUCCUGUUUUAGCUGACUACCAGGUCGUGCCUUUAAUGAAAGUGAUGAGUGCUUCAACAACCCCCUAAAGGUCAACAGCUGGUGACACUGAGCUGCAAAUGGUACUGUGACAGUGUUUUAAAUACCAGGUUAUUUGUCCUUGUUCCGUGUGAUCUUUUAUUUUUAGUACUUGUAUAUGCUAUUACUGGAGAACCUGAUGUUCCACUGCUAUAAUGCAUCCAUCUUGUCGAAUGUAUGUACACUGUCUAGAAUUUGUAAUGUGCCAACAGAUGUAAAUUUUAAAUUUGUAACACUUUUGUUUAACUAGUAUUUAACAACAGCAGUGGCUCCCUCUUAAUUGAUAAUACUCAUUAGCAAUGGUGUUUUGGUGGUGUUUUAUGUAUAUCAAGUGUUUCAAACUUCUUGAAGUGAAAGCCUUGCCAAGGGGCUUACAGCAUAGAUGAAGCAUAUUAUAAGCGAAGCCUUAGCAGUUGCUAAGGGACUAUAAAAAUAAAAUUGUAUUGUUGAAUCUCAGCGGGGAAUCAGUGGGUUGGACGCCCAUAUUUUAUAAGCCGAGCUCAUCCCUAUUGAAAUCUACUGGGUAUUUUUGUAGUUCUGUGCCAUAUUUUGAAAAGAGCUGUCAGUGUGUUAUGUUUUGUACUGGAGCAAACGGAUCUGGGAAAGAUAAUCGGAUCAAAAAAUGACUCACAACCAAUACAAAGCUUUUUCCCAAUUCAAAGUUUUUGAAUAAUGUCAUCGUGGAUGUGUUCCUCUGACUUUCUGAUUCUAUCACGUGCCGAUAACAAUGAAUGUUUUCAUAUGCA